AUGGAAUGUACGCAACGUGGUAUUCCUGACACCUGUGGUAAGAGCAGAUGGGAAUUCGUAGUAUGUUCGCAGCACCGGCACGUCUUUGAUGCGAUAGUGAAGCACUCCAGGACCUUCUGCUCGGCCGUUGAGGAUAUGAAUAAUUUUGAGCGACCACCACUACAAUGGAAUCGAAAUUUUCUCUACGAACGAGAGAAUGUAUUUAAACUUGUUGAAAUAGUAUUGGGGUCAUGCUGUGUGAUGAUGAAUUCCUUAUGUUAUCCUAAUGAUGUCGUACUCACAUGUACAAACAUGAUGCACUCUGUCACUCAAUUAUUCUCGAUUGUUUGUGUGAACGUAUUUUUUCUUAUAGUGACCUUCGUUCUCGCAUUGUGUAAUUUAUGCGGUAUCACCGAUUCAUUUUAUAAAUUCAAUUUUCCAGUGAUCGAAAAGAAAGUAUAUAUGUUGGCAGUUUUCAUGUAUCUUGUUAGCUUUAUAAUGGUUGGAUCAGCGUUUAUGGUUUCGACGUUUGUUGUCUACUGGUUUCUUCCAUUGGUCUUCACAAUACUUACCACUGUCGCCUACAUAUAUGACCUCAUUUACAAACAUGACGGGUCAAUACAGGCUGCACUUUGUCCAUAA